CAUAUCUCAUGACUUAAGUGCAAUGCGUCUUUUCCUCGAGGGGCACUGUUUGAUACACAACGACAACAUGAUAUUUCACUCAUAAUUACCGCAGACAUAAGACAAAGGAAUAUCAAAAGCAAAAAUUGAACUGGUUUGAUUGGCUUUACUGCAGAGCAAUUACUGUAUGCUGUGAAAUAUAAAUGCCACUGUCAUUUGGUGGUGGAUGUGGUGAAUAAGCUGCCGGUGAUCAAAAUAUUGAUUUUGAAGCCAUUGAAAACGAUAGCUUUGAGAAUAUGGUUGAGGUCGUGAAUAUGAGUCAGAUGCUGGAUGUACUGUGGAAGUGCACUCUGACGAUGACAGCGAUGGUAAUAUCAUCUGCUCAAAUUGAACCCUUCCAAGUUUCAAAAGGUAACGAAAUAUGCUUUAUUCUUCUGGACUUGUUCUUAAAAUAUCGAGAGAUUUUUUUAAAUUAUUAUUUGGCUAUUGCAGCAGUUAGAGAUUCACCCGUGCUGGAUAUAGGUGGAUAUAGGAUAUAGGUGCGGGUCUCUAAAGACAAGAAUAUGUAAUCAUGAUUGGCGAAACAUUCAUGCAUUUAAGGGCUAGUUUAUUUAUAUGAUCAUCAUCAUUCAUUACAUCACAUUACCUCUGUCUUCGUACUGUUUUUCUUCUUCUUCUCUUAUUUUUUUCUUCCCUGAGCACCAGAGGGCUUCGGCUUCGGUCUUUGAUCACAAUCAGACCUGAAGGUGCUGAAAGAAGAGAGCCAAGAACUGAAUGAAAAUGAAGAGAAGUACCUGGUUGAGAAAAAUCCUGAUUUCAUAACGGAAGAAAAAUAUUUUAGCUGCUCGCAGACUAAAAACUCUUCCACACGAAAAAGAGCUCAGAAGACAGGAACUAGAGGUUUCUCCUGCCAACACUGUGGCAAAAGUUUUACUCAAAAUGAAACCCUUAUAAGACACAUGAGAAUUCACACCGAAGAGAAACCUUUCACCUGCAAAUAUUGCGGAAAGAUUUUUUCUCAUAAAGGAAACCUUAAAAAGCACAUACGAAUUCACACUGGAGAGAAGCCAUACACAUGCCAACAGUGUGGAAAGAGUUUCACACAAAGUGAAAGGCUUAAAAUCCACAUGAGAAUUCACACUGGAGAGAAGCCAUACACAUGCCAACAGUGUGGAAAGAGUUUCACACAAAGUGAAAGGCUUAAAAUCCACAUGAGAAUUCACACUGGAGAGAAGCCAUACACAUGUCAACAGUGUGGAAAAGGUUUCAGACAAAACGUAAGGCUUAAAGUUCACAUACGAAUUCACACUGGUGAGAGGCCUUUCAACUGCAAACAGUGUGGCAAGAGCUUCACUGAAAAAGGAAACCUUGAAGGCCACAUGAGAAUUCACUCCAGCGAGAAGAUAUUUACCUGCCAACAGUGUGGAAAGAGUUUCACUGAAAAAGGAAACCUUAAAAAACACAUGACAGUUCACACUGGAGAGAAGCCUUUCACCUGCAAACAGUGUGGGAAGAGUUUCACACAAAAACAACAUCUUAAAGUCCACAUGAGAAGUCACACUGGAGAGAAGCCUUAUUCAUGCACUCAGUGUGGAAAGAGCUUCACUGAGAAAAGAAACUUAAAACUCCACAUGAGCGUUCACACUGGAGAGAAGCCUUUCACCUGCCAACAGUGUGGAAGGAGCUUCACAACAGCAAUAAACCUCAGGUGUCAUGUGAGAAUUCACACUGGAGAUCACAUGUGAUCAGUGUGGAAAGAGUUAAAAAAAAAAAAAAAUCCCUUAACCUGUCACUUGAGUUCACCCAAGAAGUGUGGAAAAAGUGUCAGCCUAAACCAGGGAUCAGCAACAUUUAUAUCAUGAAGUGCCAUUUUUAAGUUUAAGUUCUUUCUGACGGCAUUUACCCCUGGUCUUUUUUUAUGAUUGGAUAGCUAUGCAAUCAGAGAAAACACAUGAAUUGACCAGGUACACAUGAACUGAGUCUCCACGUUUUGAUGUGUGUGGAAUGUGAACAGGUACUCCUGUCAGCAUUGAUAGCCUAGUGCAGGGUUCUCAAAACUCAGUCCUGGAGGGCCACUGUCCUUCAGAGUUUAGCUCCAAAACCAAUUAAACACACCUGAACAGCUCAUCAAGGUGUAACUAGGCAUGCUAGAAACUAAGCCAGGUGCUUUGGAGCUGGUUGGAACUAAACUCUGCAGGAUAGUAACCGUCCAGUACUGAGUUUGGAGACCCUUGGUUUUUUUCCUGUUUUUUUUGUUUCUCAAACACGAUCAGUUUUACCAGGGAUCAACUGCUGAACAUUGGGCAGAACACACCACAAAAUCUUUUAUCGGAUUUUGAUUAUUCGGACGUUUUGCUGGACAUUGUAGUUGGCGGAGCAGUAGCACUGUUCAGACGCUACAGGAUGCGCAGAAGGCGGAAGCAAGGCGGCGCGCUCAUGAAGCUUCGUUAGCGAGGAUUUAGAAUGUCUGUUGCCUAGCAUCCAUCUAGCGAAUCUCUACUCUCUACCCAACAAAAUGGAUGAACUUCUUCUGCUCUCCCGGACAAAUAAGCAUUUUUCUAAAUCUGCUGCUCUGUGUUUCACAGAAACCCGGCUGAAUGAUGCCAUUCCUGACAGCGCGCUCCAUCUGCUGAACUUUCAGCUGAUCAGAUCAGACCGCAACACAGAAUCAAUGGGGAAAUCGCGCGGCGGUGGGACAUGCUUUUACAUCAAUGAGAGGUGGUGUACAGAUGCAGUCCAUUUUAAAUGAGCCUUGGCCCACAGGACAUGACGGCGCUUCUAGACCAUGUUCACAUAUGGCUUCCUUUUUGCAUGAUAGAGCUUUAGUUGGCAUCUGCAGAUGGCACGGUGGAUUGUGUUUACCGACAGUGGUUUCUGGAAGUAUUCCUGGGCCCAUUUAGUAAUGUCAAUGAGAGAAUCAUGCCGAUGCAGUGUCGUCUGAGGGCCCGAAGACCACGGGCAUCCAACAAAGGUCUUCGGCCUUGUCCCUAAAGCCCAGUACACACCAAGCCGACACCGACAAACUAGUGACUACGAAAGCAGACUGCGGGGUCGGUUCACAUCGGCAACGUCUGGGUCCAAAGUUGUCCUGACACGCCAAGCCGACGCUCGGCACCCGACGGCCAAGUAGCAUGUCCGUUCUGUUCCAUUUUCUCACGCACUGGUUCGCCAGCUGAACAGCCAAUCAGAAUUAACUGAUGGGCCGACUGACCGACGAGCUCCGAUGCCGAUUCAACAUGUCGAAUCAGCCGAAAAAAAGCCAAAGAGGACCAACUUCAGCCGACUGUGCAGAACACACUGAGAAAACUUAGUCGGCCGACGAACAAAAACUGCCCGUCGGCCGACCAUUGGCUUGGUGUACAGACGGGCUUUACGCACAGAGAUUUCUCCAGUUUCUCUGAAUCUUUUGAUGAUAUUAUGCACUGUAGAUGAUAAGAUUUGCAAAGCCAUUGCAAUUUGAUGUUGAGGAAUAUUGUUUUUAAAGUAUUCCACAAUCUUUUUACGCACUCUUUCACAGAUUGGAGAGCAUCUACCCAUCUUUUCUUCUGAGAGACUCUGCCUCUCUAUAGCCCUAUUCAGACGGGACUAGUUUUCUAAACUAUGUUUGAGUUUUGAUUGUGACGUCUGAGAUUUUCAUAUAUCAAUUCGGACGGGACAAACAUCUCCGUGUUUAUUACAGAGGUGGGAGGGUCUGUUUAGGACAUCUGGACAUUUCAGAGAUCACACGCUCUGUAUGCGUGCAUUGCGUAUAGUCAUUCUGAUUGAUUACCAUUAGUAUAAUCACACAAAUACUGUGGUGAAGCUAAAUGGCUAGUAUAGCAAAACCAUGUUAAUGUGUGGUUACUUUACUUUUACUUUAGUUAUUUAUUUGUAGUAAACCUGUGUUUAAUUUUCAUAAAGGUACAUAUGUAAUUAAAACAUUAUGUAAUUGAGUGCAGAAAUGAACACAAAUAAUUUUACCUGACGCUGAUAUUACAAUAGCCAGUCUUAACAGUUUACGUGAUCUGGCUCUUGAUUUUAUUAUCAACGUUAAUUCAUGUUGGCCAAAACACACAAGGAAACACGUUGUGUUAAAAAAAAUAAAAUCACCAGCUAUUACAGACAUCGCAUUCGGACAGGAUUAGUUUUCUCAGAGGAUCACCAAGUUUGCUGAAAAACAGUUGGUAAUUUGCUCUGGAAUUAUUACAGAGGUUGUGUGAGAAAAACACAGACGUGGCAGAUUCAGACGGGAUUAAAAUCACCAAGUACGUCUGUGAAACACAAAUUUCUCUAACGACCCCCUGUAAAACUAGUCCCGUCCGAAUAGGGCUUAUGACAUCCCUUUUAUAGCUAAUCAUGUUACAGACCUGAUGUCAAUUAACUUAAUUAGUUGCUAGAUGUUCUCCCAGCUGAAUCUUUUCACAAUUCUUGCUUUUUCAGCUCUUUGUUGCCCCCAUGCCAACUUUUUUUGAGACCUGUAGCAGGAAUCAAAUUUGAAAUGAGCUCAUUCAGUGGAUAAAAGUUCUCCGUUUAAACAUUUGUUAUGUUCUCUGUUCUAUUGUGAAUAAAAUAUUGGCUCAUGUGA